CUGUGUGUGUGUCUCUGUGUGUGUGUGUGUGUGUGAUUGUGUCUGUGUGUGUGUCUGCGUGUGUGUGUCUGUGUGCGUGUGUGUCAGUGUGCGUGUCCGUGUGUGUCUGCGUGUCUGUCUGUGUGUGUUUGUGUGUGUGUGUGUCUGCGUGUCUGUCUGUGUGUGUCUGCGCGUCAGUGUGUGUGACUGUGUGUGUCAGUGUGUGUGUGUGUGUCAGUGUGUGUGACUGUGUGUGUGUCUGUUUGUGAGAGAGAGAACUUUUCCAUAUAUCUCGUCAAAGUCAACACAUCUGUCACAUCUCUCCAUCUGCCCCUCCCAUCUGAUGGAGGUGGGCUGAACCUUCGUGUCUGCAGUGGGGGGGGUUUGGCAGCAGGGAGGAGUGGUGCAGAGGGAGGGAGGAGCCUCGUCCUCCUCCUCUAAUCCUCCCCUCUCUGUCUCACUGUUCAUCCUCUGAGGAGCAGGACAGAAUCUCGUCGUCGUCCGGACGUUAACUUCUCUGUGUCCAGGGUCAACAACACAUACUCUACACAGAAACGUCACCAUGGCCGACCCCUACCAAAACAACACGUACCAACAACAAGGGGGCGACAGCUACGGCACGUAUGGAGAGGGAGGAGGAGGCCACCAUGGGUACGGUUACCAUGGAGACGACCUGCCACAGGAAGAGGACGCAGCGAGCGAUGUGACCGAAGGACACGACGAAGACGACCAAAUGUACGAAGGAGAAUAUCAAGGGAUUCCACAUCCGGACGAGGUGAAGGCGGCGCAGAGAGCCACGGGUGAACGCAGUGGUGCAGCGGGCGGAGACUCUGCCUCUGAACUGGAGGAGUUAUCUGAGCAGUACGAGAACAUCAUGGACGACUGCGGCCACGGGAGCUUCCAGUGGACGCUGUUCGUGGUUCUGGGUCUGGCGCUGAUGGCGGACGGCGUUGAAUGUUUUGUGGUUGCGUUCGCUCUUCCGUCCGCAGAGAAGGACCUGUGUCUGUCCAACGCACAGAAAGGAAUGCUGGGUCUCAGCGUCUUCCUCAGCAUGAUGGUGGGGGCCUUCCUGUGGGGAGGACUGGCGGACAAAGUUGGCCGUCGGCGCUGUCUGAUGGUGGCGUUGGCCAUAAACUGCGUCUUCUCCUUCCUGUCGUCGUUGGCGCAGGGCUACGGCUGCUUCCUGUUCUUCAGGCUGCUGUCUGGUGUCGGGGUCGGUGGCACGGUGCCGAUCGUGUACUCGUACUUCUCAGAGUUUCUUCAGAUGGACAAGAGAGGAGAACAUCUGUCCUGGCUGUGUAUGUUCUGGAUGAUCGGUGGCGUCUACGCUUCGUUCACCGCCUGGGGAAUCAUACCCAGAUACGGCUGGGGUUUCAGUAUGGGCACAGAGUUCCAGUUCCACAGCUGGCGAGUGUUUGUCCUGGUCGCGGUUCUUCCUGCCGUCUCCUCGCUGGUCGGACUCACCUUCAUGCCUGAAAGCCCUCGCUUCCUCCUGGAGAAUGCCAAACACGAUGAGGCGUGGAUGAUCCUGAAGCAGGUCCACGACACUAACUGGAGAGCUAAAGGAAAGCCGGAGAAAGUAUUUACUGUGACUCACAUCAAGGUUCCAAAGACGGCGGAGGACGAAUUCAUCGAGAUUCAGGCGGCGACGGGAACGUCCGUGCAGCGAUGGGCUGUUCGCUCUCUCGCCCUCUGCAGACUGGUGUUGAAGAACGUGGCGUCUCUCCUGUCCAAAGACCUCCGUCUGUCCACGCUCCUCAUGGCCGUCAUCUGGUUCUGCAUGGCCUUCAGUUAUUAUGGUCUGUCCGUAUGGUUUCCUGACAUGAUCAAACACCUGCAGUAUGAGGAGUACAAGUCCAGAGUCAAGGUUUUACACAAAGAAAGAGUGGAAAAUUUUCAUUUUAACUUUUCUUUGGAGAACCAGAUUCACAAAGAAGGAGAAUACAUCAAUGACAGGUUCAUCAGUAUAAAGAUGAAGUCAGUCCGGUUUGAGGACUCGUUGUUUGAAGACUGUCUCUUCGAGGACAUCAGGUCCACAGACACGGUGUUUGACAACUGCACCAUCCGCUCCACACUUUUCUACAACACAGACCUGUGGGAGGAGAAGUUCCUCCACUGUAAGAUGGAAAACGUCACAUUUGACCAAAGCAAACAUGGCUGCCACCUGCAGAGUGAGGAGGAGAGUGACGUCCUCGUUUACCUCGUCAGUUUCCUGGGCAGCGUGGCCGUGUUGCCAGGCAACAUCAUCUCUGCACUCUUCAUGGAGAAGGUCGGCAGAGUCAGGAUCAUAGGUGGCUCCAUGCUGUUUUCAGGAGGCUGCACCUUCCUCCUGUUUCUGAGCUUCAGCCAAUCAGCGCUCAUCGCCCUGCAGUGUCUGUUCUGUGGCGUCAGUGCCGCGGCGUGGAACGGCAUCGAGGUGGUGACGGUGGAGCUGUACCCCGCUUCCAAGAGGGCCACAGCGUUCGGCGUGCUGAACGCGCUGUGUAAAAUGGCCGCCAUCCUCGGCAGCUCCAUCUUUGCCAGUUUUGUGGGUGUGGCCACAGCCGUCCCUAUCCUGCUGGCCUUCGCCGCGCUGAUGUGCGGCGGCCUGCUCGCUCUCAAGCUCCCCGACACGCGGGAGAAAAUCCUCCAGUGAUGUCGCACGGAAACCUUUUUUUUUAAAAUGUUAUUUAUUAACUUUGAAUAAAUAUCGAAUUAUUUUUUAUUCAUUCAUUUCUUUCAGCUCACGUCUGUCACCUGUGUGUGUUUUUCCUCCAUUGUAUUUAUUUUGUCGAAGACAUUUUCUCAUAAUGAUGACGUUAUUUUUAUGUAAACACAACUCAAGUCUUAAAUCUCAUUUCUGAAUUGUUGCCACGUGACGAACGUUGGAAAGUCGCGAUCUUUAUGAGUUCUACCUGAAAAACUCUCACUGCUGUGUUUGUCCUGCAGUGGAUCCAGAACCAGUCGUCCUCUCCAGUCUGCACGUUUGUCUGUAACUGAGAACUAACCACACCUGCAGGUCCAAAGAUGAUCAGUAGAUGGCGCAUGCUUUCUCUGUCUGCCCAUCACAUAGCAUCAAACUAACAAAGAGGCUUCAGUAUCAAAGUGAACGCUGCAGUGUUUAUGUUCCUGUCGGCGGACGUCCACAGUCUGUGUUUGUUUUGUAGAAAAAGUAAAUAAACCGGUCACAUGACA